AUGACCGCCACUUCCCGCAUCUGGGAGUGGGCAGUGACGGAGCUCCCUGCCCCCCAGCAAACCUACAUGCAGGGCUCAUUCUGGAACCAAGCUGUUAGAUUAGAAAGCCCCAGCUCAGGGGCCUCCCUGGUGGCGCAGGGGAGGCUGUUCUGGAUGGAGCCACAGAUCUGUUCUCUGUCCCCUGCUAUGAUCGUGCUUCUCCUCAUAAGCUUGCAGCUGGCCCCACGUGCAGGGGGCCACCCUCUGGACACCCCACACCUUCCACAGGAUCUACUGCCAGGAUUCUCAAAAGAUAUCAACGUCACAUUCUUAAAUGGAGUGUUUAAAAAUGUGGAAAGCGUGGCUGAAAUUUUUGACUGCCUGGGCUCCCACUUGACCUGGCUGCAGGCUGUCUUCACCAACUUCCCUGCCCUGCUCCAAUUUGUGAAUGGUAUGAAGUGCGUGGCUGGUCUCUGCCCCCGGGACUUUGAAGACUACGGCUGUGCCUGCAGGUUUGAGAUGGAAGGGCUGCCCGUGGACGAGACUGACAGCUGCUGCUUCCAGCACCGCAAGUGCUAUGAAGAGGCCGCGGACACGGGCUGUCUCCAGGACCCCACCAAGCUCAGCACAGACAUCAGUUGCGUCAGCAAGAGGAUCACGUGUGAGUCCAAGGACCCUUGCGGGCGCCGGCUGUGCACCUGCGACAAGGCUGCCCUGCGGUGCCUGGCGCGGUCGCGCGUCAACUCCUCCCUGAACCUCCUGGACACCUCCUUCUGUCUGCCUCAACCUCCAGAGACAACCAGCGGGAUUGAGCUGACCACAGCACUGCCCCCAGUGGUGCCCAUGGAGUCCACGGACGCCAGCCUGGUGGCCCUCUCAGGAGAAGUGGCCAUAGAGACCAGCCCAGCCCGACUGACCACACUGCCCAAGACAAGACCGAGCCAAGGCAGGGAAGAUGGGGGGGCCGCCCGGGCCACACCAGCACCAGGAUCUGCAGAGGUAGUUGCCACGGCAGAAGGGGUGACUGUCGCCCCCACCAGCGUGAAGUCUUUGGGGGUGUCCAGGUCACCUGCCAAAAGCCGUCCUGAGGAGACAACUGGCAAAGCCUGUGAUAGAUCCACCUUCCUGCACCUGGGCGGCGGGGACAGCCUGCAGGUGAAGCCGGAGCUCGGGGAGAUGCUCUUCUGUCUGACCGCCCGGUGCCCCGAGGAAUUUGAGUCCUAUGGCUGUUACUGUGGGCAAGAAGGACACGGCGAGCCCAGGGACGCCCUGGACAGGUGCUGUUUGUCCCAUCACUGCUGCUUGGAGCAGGCGAGAAGGCUGGGCUGCUUGCGGGAGCAGCUUCCUCCGUCCCUGGUGGUGUGCGAGCACAGCACACCCCAGUGUGUGGGCCAGAGUCUGUGCGCCAAACUGCUUUGUGCCUGUGACGAGACAGCGGCCAAGUGCAUGGCCUCCGCCUUUUUUAAUCAAAGCCUCAAGUCAUCCGGCCCAUCCCAGUGCCCGGGCAGCCAGCCCCGCUGUGAGGACCAGGACAGGCUCGGGGCAGAGUCCUCAGCGCCAUCACCAGGAUCCAGCUCCAGCUCCGAGGACAGCGAGGAAGCCCCGCCCCCGCCCGCCCAGGACAGCGAGGAGGCCCCGCCCCCGCCCGCCCAGGACAGGCGGAGGCCCCGCCCCGCAGGCGGGACCUGA